AUGCCGCUGAACUUCAGCGAGCCGCCGACUCCCACGCUGAGCCGCCAGAACACCGCUUCGUUCAACCCGCACCACCAGCGGCGCACCACACACCCUCACCUCCUGUCAUCUCGUCGAAAGCCAAGGAGGCAAGUUCCUAUUAUAGAUAAAUUGAAAGUCAAGGCGCCUAAUCGAGAUUGUAGAUGGCCACUGGUCUUUCGCUUCAUAAAGGGGGCUAUCCACGUCGAGAUAUUGCUACCGGUCUUUCUACAUGCCGUUUUCACGGCUUUCGUCGUGUAUCUCGAUACUUAUGCAUUUGAUACCGUCGGAAUCCCCUCGAGCAUCAUUCCAUCACUGUCCAUCGUGGUAGGCUUGAUCCUCGUCUUCAGGAAUCAGACCUCCUACAACAGGUUCUGGGACGGACGCAACGGCAUGAGCUCAAUGAACACCUGUGUGCGCAACCUUACUCGCACAAUCAUCACGAACAGCUACAGUUCCACCCGUGGCCCGCCUACGGCAGCAGAACGUGAAGACAUCGACCGCACAAUUCGAAUUUUGAUCGCCAUUCCCUAUGCCAUCAAGAACCACCUGCGUGCUGAAUGGGGUGCCGCGUGGGAGCUGAAUGGUAUGGUCGGAAACGACUGGGGCUUGGGUGAACGUGGCUCAGCCGCGUAUAAUCCCGAAUAUGCUGGUCUACUCCCGGCCGGUUUGGAGGGACACGAAGAUGAGGGACUUGGUUUGCCUUACCAGUUGACAUUCUUUGUGGAUUCGUUCAUCAAGCGAGGUGAAGAUCGCGGUUGGUUUAAUGCGCCUGGUGCCAGUCAGAUGCAGGCACAAUUGAAUGCUCUUCUGGAUGCGUAUGGCAGAAUGGAGACCAUCAAGUUGACGCCUAUGCCAGUAGCUCAUCUAAUCCAUCAGAAACAAGUUCUCGCCUUAUUUGGCUGCGUUCUGCCAUUCGCCAUGGUUGACGAGAUGGGUUGGUGGGCGAUUCCCAUCGUCAGUCUAGUCAUCUUUACCCUGUAUGGCAUUGAAGGUAUCGGAUCUCAACUUGAGGAUCCUUUUGGCUACGAUCGGAACGAUAUCAAGAUGGACGCUCUCGUUGGUGAUUCCAAAACGGAAAUUGACGUUGUAUUGAAUGAGUGGCGCAACUACUCCAAGUCAUUGGAAGGUUCCCGCGAGGGACAAGGGCAUGGAGACAAGUGCGUCAAUUCCCAAGAGAAGAAGUACGCGCCUCCCGACCUAUUUUUGAAGCUGAGGACAAGACCGCGAACCAUGAAUUGA